AUGAAAACACCAGCCACGACGACAUCAGGUGUUUCUCGAAGAGGAAGAUAGAAAAAGCAAAAUGGACAGAAAAAGAGAGGAACAGCAUCUUCCUCAUCUUCCUCAAGUUUUGACAAAUCGAAGAUCAACGUCAAAGGAUUGGUAAUUGACAUAGAGAACAUUACUGAUGAAUAGUUAUAUGCUCUGAGGAAAGAAAUUCCGAGGAAAGAUUACAGACUUUUGAAAAAUAGAAAAAGUGCUCGCAAAAGUCGCAAAAGAAGAAAGUAAGAACUGUCUACUCUUAGAGAGGAGAUAGAUGUCUUAAAGAAAGAAAACAAGAGACUUAUGGAGCUACUAUAGUAAAAAUAAGAAAAUGAUAUUUCACUCAUUGCUGAGGCUAAAAAAAUAGUUAAUAAUAAGUUAACUUCUGAGUAAGCUAUCUAAGUGACUCCAUUCCCAAAUUAUAUCCCUACUUCAGUAGAAUUGACACCACUCGCAAAUCCAUAGGAUAUGAUAACCAUUGCAGAGCAAAAGAAAGAUUCUGGGUGCCCCUCCAUUCUCAAGCCAAUGGCUAAGCAUCCAUGGAGCUAGAUUUAAUAAUUACUGAUAUGCUUUCAUGCUAGCAAUAGCAAUGUCAAUAGCAAUAACAAACGCCAUUUAAACCUUUAAAGUAGAAUUCCUAAAGCCACCAGUUUGCACAAAGUUUAGGAGGCUUAAGAAAAAUUGGUUGAUAAGACUGUCAACAUCAUCACAAAUGAUGGAAGAAAUUUCAUAGGUACAUUAAUUUCAUUUGAUUAGAAGACGAAUGUAAUUCUCUCUUAAUGCAUGGAGCGCAUUUACCUAGAGAAUAAAGAGGUUUAAGCAGAAGAAAUGGGUGUAUUCUUUAUAAGAGGAGACAAUAUCUCUGUAAUUGGAGAAAUUGAUGAAAAUUUAGAAAAAGGGAUAGAUUACAAUAAGAUAAAGGCUUAGCCUUUAAAGUCUGUAUUACUGCACUGA